CCCGUUAAAAGUACCGGGAAAAAGCGUAAAGGAGCGACUCCAGCCCGCGGUUUGCUAAACUCGGAGCUCUCUCUCUCUCUCCAAAGGCCCCUCUGCUUGGGAAAGGGGCUCCGCGGCGACGGGAGCGGACAGGCGCCACCGUGGAAAGCUGGCCCCCGUCAAGCCUGGGCGGACCCCUGCUGCCAAGAGCCUCCCGCCUUUCGCUCGUCACCGCCCAGUGCCCCCUCCGUCAGGUCCUCCAGCCAGAGGACAGGCAUGGCGAGGCCAGGACGCUCCUGCCUGCGCUGCUGUUGGGCUGUGCUCUCCCUUCUCCCCUUGCUGAGCCUGGCGCAGGAUGAGAGCUGGCGCCACUACCCCGAGUACUUCCAGCAGCCCGCUCCCGAGUACCACCGGCCUCAGGUGCCCUCCGACGUCGCCAAGAUCCAGCUGCGCCUGGCCGGGCAGAAGAGGAAGCACAGCGAGGGGCGGGUGGAGGUGUACUACAAGGGCGAGUGGGGCACCGUGUGCGACGACGACUUCUCCAUCCAUGCCGCCCACGUCGUCUGCCGGGAGCUGGGAUACGUGGAGGCCAAGUCCUGGACCCCCAGCUCCUCCUAUGGCAAAGGGGAAGGCCCCAUCUGGUUGGACAAUAUCUACUGCACCGGCAAGGAGGCAACCCUGGCAGCCUGCUCCUCCAAUGGCUGGGGUGUCACUGACUGCAAGCACACGGAAGACGUGGGUGUGGUGUGCAGUGACAAAAGGAUUCCUGGGUUCAAAUUCGACAAUUCGUUGAUCAACCACAUAGAGAACCUGAACAUCCAGGUGGAGGACAUCCGGAUCCGAGCCAUCCUCUCCGCCUACCGCAGGCGCACCCCCGUGAUGGAGGGCUACGUGGAGGUGAAGGACGGCAAGGUCUGGAAGCAGAUCUGUGACAAGCACUGGACUGCCAAGAAUUCCCACGUCGUCUGCGGCAUGUUUGGCUUCCCUGGGGAGAGGACGUAUAACACCAAAGUGUACAAAAUGUUUGCCGCCCGGAAGAAGCAACGCUACUGGCGGUUCUCCAUGGACUGCACGGGCACGGAAGCCCACAUCUCCAGCUGCAAGCUGGGCCCACAGGUGUCGCGGGACCCCGUGAAGAAUGUCACCUGCGAGAAUGGGCUGCCAGCUGUGGUGAGUUGUGUGCCUGGCCAGGUCUUCAGCCCUGAUGGACCCUCAAGAUUCCGGAAAGCCUACAAGCCAGAGCAACCCCUGGUGCGGUUAAGAGGUGGUGCCAACGUCGGAGAGGGUCGCGUGGAAGUGCUCAAGAACGGAGAAUGGGGUACCAUCUGCGACGACAAGUGGGACCUGUUGUCUGCCAGCGUGGUCUGCAGAGAGCUGGGCUUUGGGAGUGCCAAAGAGGCCAUCACGGGCUCCCAGCUGGGGCAAGGGAUAGGACCCAUCCAUCUCAAUGAAAUUGAGUGCUCCGGGAAUGAGAAGUCCAUCAUAGACUGUAAAUUCAAUGCUGAGUCUCAGGGCUGCAAUCAUGAGGAAGAUGCUGGUGUGAGAUGUAAUAUCCCUGCCAUGGGCUUCCAGAAGAAGCUGCGCCUGAACGGGGGCCGAAACCCCUACGAGGGCCGGGUGGAGGUGCUGGUGGAGAGGAAUGGGUCCCUCGUCUGGGGGAUGGUAUGUGGUGAGAACUGGGGCAUUGUGGAAGCCAUGGUGGUCUGCCGGCAGCUGGGCCUCGGGUUUGCCAGCAACGCCUUCCAGGAGACCUGGUAUUGGCAUGAAAACAUCAAUGCCAACAAAGUAGUCAUGAGCGGAGUGAAGUGCUCAGGAACGGAGCUGUCCCUGGAACACUGUCGCCACGACGGAGAGGAUGUGGCCUGCCCCCAGGGCAGAACGCAGUAUGGGGCCGGAGUCGCCUGCUCAGAAACCGCCCCUGACCUGGUCCUCAAUGCGGAGAUUGUCCAGCAGAGCACCUACCUGGAGGACCGGCCCAUGUUCAUGCUCCAGUGUGCCAUGGAGGAGAACUGCCUCUCGGCCUCAGCCGCCCAGACCAACCCCACCACAGGCUACCGGCGGCUGCUGCGUUUCUCCUCCCAGAUCCACAACAAUGGCCAGUCCGACUUCCGACCCAAGAACGGUCGCCAUGCAUGGAUCUGGCAUGACUGCCACAGGGGGUUCCGUCGGCCCCUGCCUGCAGACAUCCAGAAGAAUUAUGAGUGUGCCAACUUCGGCGAACAGGGUAUCACCAUGGGCUGCUGGGAUGUGUACCGCCAUGACAUUGACUGCCAGUGGGUGGACAUCACCGACGUGCCCCCCGGAGACUACCUAUUCCAGGUUGUCAUUAACCCCAACUACGAGGUUGCAGAGUCUGACUACACCAACAACAUCAUGAAGUGCAGGACCCGCUAUGAUGGCCACCGCAUCUGGAUGUACAACUGUCACAUAGGCGGUGCCUUCAGUGAAGAGACAGAAAAGAAGUUCGAACACUUCAGUGGACUCAUAAAUAACCAGCUCUCCACGCGGUAAGGCAGCCCAGUGGUCAAGCGGUCCUCUCCUGCCUUCGGGCCACAGCGCGUCCUCCCCAACAGCUGCAACCUGACUGACGGAUGACCACACUCCCCCCUUGUCCAGCCCAGCCCCCACCCCAUCUGGACACCCUGCAGCCACAUCCAAGCUCAGGAGGAAGGGGUGUUGCUGACAUUUGCAGGGGGCUUGCCUGGAGUCUGGGAAGGCCUCUGGGAGUGGGGCUUGUCCACAGGGCUAUGGGAGCAGUGCCACAAGCCAUCUUGUCCAGGACCCCAGGCGAACGGGUUCUCAUCAGCUUGUCCCAUUACAAACCACAGUCCCCCCACCCUUCUGUGUCUGAUACCAGCCUGCUCAGCUCACCACAGAUAACAUGGGGCCAUUUUCUUCUCAAGUUCCUUGUUGGCAAUGUCAGCUUAUCAACCCAAGGUGGUCAGACGGAAUCCCGUUUCUCCUCCUCUUACAUCAUUUCCCGCCAACUUGAAUGUCUAAACCUCUCUUCCAAUUAAACAGACUGCCUCUCCUCUCCUCUAUUCUAUUCACGUAUAUAAAUAAUGCUGCCACGUGUUUUCUGUUGAGGUGAGCUCAGAGUUGGUGCUUCUCCCCCUGCCCCCUGCAUCCUCUGUAUUUUUCAAGAUAUCAUUAUUAUAUUUUCACGGACUUUGAAACACGAAGUAAUUUAGUGGCAUUUACUAUUGGGCAUCGGGGCCUUUGAAAGUAUAGAUCAAAAGAAAAUCUCGCCCACCCGUGUGACUCAUGGUUCUAUUGUUCUGAUUCUGUGGGUAACUGAUUCAACGGUGCUACAACCAGGGUCCUGGGUGACAAGGACACCCACCGAAUGCCAUGUGUCAUCACGGACACUUACACAUACUUGAAACUUGGAAUAAAAG